CCUACAUGUCUUGAAGUCAAAAUAAAAUCUAAAUUGCCCAUCCUCCUACCAUAAGAAAUCAAGAACAACAUGGUGAUCACAAGCUCAGCUGGAGUUCAAGAAUCAAACUAUGACAAAGAAAGUCAAAUCAAAGCUUUUGAUGACACGAGAGCUGGAGUGAAGGGUCUAAUAGAUAAUGGAAUAACCAAGAUUCCAAAGAUAUUCGUUCAUGACAAAAGAUCAGAUGUUUCAAGUGAUUCUGAUCAGUCUGCUGCUGUUCCAUUGAUAGACCUGGAAGGCAUAGAUGAAGAUAGAAGUCAACGUGCAAAGGUAGUCGAGGGAGUAAGAGAAGCUUGUGCCGAGUGGGGUUUCUUUCAAGUGGUCAAUCAUGGAAUCCCAGUUAGUGUUUUGGAGGAAAUGAUUAGUGGGGUAGCUAGGUUUCAUGAGCAAGAUAGUGAAGUGAAGAAAGAAUGGUAUUCAAGGGAUUACACAAGGAAGGUGCUUUAUAACUCAAAUUUUGAUCUUUAUCAAGCCCCAGCUGCCAAUUGGAGAGAUACUUUGAGUUGUGCCAUGGCUCCACGCCAGCCGAAUCCCCGAGACUUGCCUCAUGUGUGCAGAGAUAUCAUGAUUGAUUACUCAAACAAAGUAAUGGUUUUAGCACAAAGAUUAUUCGAAUUGCUGUCAGAAGCACUAGGACUCGAUCCUAAUUACCUUAAAGACAUACAUUGUGCAGAAGGACUCUUUUUUCUGGGCCAUUACUACCCAGCAUGUCCUGAACCAGAUUUGACUUUUGGCACUAGCAGCCAUUCUGAUAGUAGCUUCCUCACUGUUCUUCUACAAGACCAAAUUGGUGGCCUCCAAGUCCUUCAUGAAAAUCAAUGGGUUGAUGUUAACCCCAUUCCAGGAGCUCUUGUUAUAAACCUGGGAGAUAUGUUACAGUUAAUUUCGAAUGGCAGAUUUAUUAGUGUCCAGCACAGAGUGCUAGCAAAAACUGUAGGUCCAAGAAUUUCUGUGGCAUGCUUUAUAAGGCAACACCUUCCGCCUGAGAAUGCCUCGAGACUAUAUGGGCCAAUCAAGGAGUUGCUGUCAGAAGAAAGCCCCGCAAUCUACCGAGAAACCACUGUGAAGGACUUGGUAACCCACUACUAUGCAAAAGGGCUCGACGGGAUCUCUGCAUUGGAGCAUUUCAAGCUUGAUUCUGAGAAGUCUGCGGCUGUUCCAUUGAUAGAGGUGGAAGGCAUAGAUGAAGAUAGAAGUCACCGUGCAAAGGUAGUUGAGGGAGUAAGAGAUGCUUGUGCCGAGUGGGGUUUCUUUCAAGUGGUCAAUCAUGGAAUCCCAGUUAGUGUUUUGGAGGAAAUGAUUAGUGGGGUAGCUAGGUUUCAUGAGCAAGAUAGUGAAGUGAAGAAAGAAUGGUAUUCAAGGGAUUACACAAGGAAGGUGCUUUAUAACUCAAAUUUUGAUCUUUAUCAAGCCCCAGCUGCCAAUUGGAGAGAUAGUUUGAGUUGUGUCAUGGCUCCUCGCCAGCCGAAUCCCCGAGACUUGCCUCAUGUGUGCAGAGAUAUCAUGAUUGAUUACUCAAACAAAGUAAUGGUUUUAGCACAAAGAUUAUUCGAAUUGCUGUCAGAAGCACUAGGACUCGAUCCUAAUUACCUUAAAGACAUACAUUGUGCAGACGGACUCUAUUUUGUGGGUCAUUACUACCCAGCAUGUCCUGAACCAGAUUUGACUUUUGGCACUAGCAGCCAUUCUGAUAGUAGCUUCCUCACUGUUCUUCUACAAGACCAAAUUGGUGGCCUCCAAGUCCUUCAUGAAAAUCAAUGGGUUGAUGUUAACCCCAUUCCAGGAGCUCUUGUUAUAAACCUGGGAGAUAUGUUACAGUUAAUUUCGAAUGACAGAUUUAUUAGUGUCCAGCACAGAGUGCUAGCAAAAACUGUAGGUCCAAGAAUUUCUGUGGCAUCCUUUAUAAGGCAACACCUUCCGCCUGAGAAUGCCUCGAGACUAUAUGGGCCAAUCAAGGAGUUGCUAUCAGAAGAAAGCCCCGCAAUCUACCGAGAAACCACUGUGAAGGACUUGGUAACCCACUACUUUGCAAAAGGGCUCGACGGGAUCUCUGCAUUGGAGCAUUUCAAGCUGUGAAACUGGUUGUGAGCAUCUUCUUGCUCAAGCUCUAGCUAGAAUGCUAGUGAAAUGCUGUUCCUUCGAACGGUGAUAAUUAUGUAUGAGCGAGCUUGUCUUGCUGCCUUGUCUUGUUUCAAAUGUUUCCUCUUCGGAUCCGUUGGACUCGCUUUGUGCUGGUGAUAAUAUAUUAUCUGAAGCAUGUAUUUCGACUAAAUUGCAUUUAGACAUUUCAUAUGGGCUGGACUUGCAAGCUGGUUAGGUGUGGUUGGUUUGCUGUCAUUUUUCGAAGCUAGCCUGGAAGUGGCAGGCGGCCAUUUUUAAAAGAAAAACUACAGCAGGAAAUGGUAUGAAACUUAAUAUCACUUCUCUUUGUUUUUUUUUUCCUACGAAUUUAUCUCUUAUCAUUCAAGAAUCUAGUUUGACAAGCAUGGAUAUUUUAAGCUCCCAUUGAAGCAGAUUGCCUUAAUAGCAAUCACACACGUAGAAAUCCAUACCAAAGAUACUACAUAACACGGUUCAAAGUUUCAAGCCCAAGUUGUCUUGCACAGACGAACCAAUGUGUUUCAGUGAGCUAAACCGUGAACCGUGUUUGCUCUGGCUUUCUUUUUUUCUUUUUCCCAACAAUGUCAUUGUAUAUUUGUUCAAACCCACGGCAGCUGGAGCAAGUCCGUGGAUUGGUUCCAUAUUUAUUAUUAAAUUUGAUUCCAUCUGUAAGGUUGGAAUUAGAAACUUGUAAUUCAGACAUUUUUUUUAUUCUUGCAAUUAGAAAUCGCUUUUAAAUUUA